UGAACCAAACCUUUGAUCCAACCUCGGUCCUCACUUCCUCUAAUCAUAAUCACUCUCUUUCAUAAUAAUUCGCUUUCCUAUUUGGCCCCGAUCCAGUCAUUCUUUACUAGCUCCUUGUGAUCUGAAGCCUUUUCAUUGCAUUAUUAUUGUCACCGUCGGUCAUCCCGCAUUUCCCCUUCGGGAGUGAUCUCCCAUAAUGAAGUCGCUAGUUACAUCGCUCCUCGGACUCCUCUUCCUUCUCUCAACAUCCGUCUCUGCUGCUGAUUCAACGGGCUCAAAUGCCUUGCCGCCCUGUGUGGCGCGCUCUCCGACCAGCGGUUUCUACUACGAUCUAACUACCAUCUCGCUAUCCCCACCAAGUACGAAGGACGAAAAGCUUCGUGGAAACGUCCGCGAUGAGAGUUGGCACGCUAAGGGCCAUGAUUACAAUGCAAACUUUACGAUAAACGUUUGCGCUCCGGUGGUAGAGGAUAUCAAAGAUGUGGUAGGGGUUGACCGCACAAGGUGGAGGAACGUUAGUGCAUAUUAUGAGAAGGAAGGCAAGAUUUACUCCAUAGGACAACAAGCGUCUGAGCCUUUCUUUCGGGGUCGCAAGCUUGUCCUGAACUACACCGACGGCUCGCCGUGUCCCGGGGAACGCAUUGGAAAUGGCUCGCGUACCAAAUCGACAAUUAUGUCGUUCCUUUGUGAUCGCGACGCCCCGGCCCAUCAGGCAACCGCGUCCUUUGUUGGUACUAUGGAUCAAUGCACAUACUUUUUCGAAUUCCGAAGCUCUGCGGCCUGUGGCGGCGUUGCCCCAGCUAACGGCCAAGGGCUUGGCCCGGCCGGCGUAUUCGGCGUAAUCGCACUGAUCGCCGUCGUUGCGUACUUUGUCGGUGGCUGCGCUUAUCAACGGACAGUCAUGCACCAACGCGGUUGGAGACAGUGCCCGAACUACAGCCUCUGGGCAGGUAUGUUCGAUUUUGUAAAAGACAUGUUCACCAUUAUCGGCUCCUCCCUCGGCCGCAUGCUCCGUUUCAAACGAUCGCCGGGUCUCGGACACAUCCGCAAUGGUAGCCAACGGAGCGGUUUCAUCGGCGCGAUCGGUGGGCGGAGAAAUAGUGGAAGAGAUGUAGACGCCGAAAAUCGAUUGAUCGAUCAACUGGACGAAGAAUGGGAGGAUUGAAUUUUAUCCUGCGUCAUUUUCCUUUUUCUUGCAGUUUGUCUCCGUUAAAUGGGCUUCAUGUUUUGAUUUGGCUGUAUUGCAUGUGUUGGAUAUGAGAUUUUCUUUCUUCUACACUGUUACGAAUGGGACGUUGGCGUUAUGGUCUUGGUCUCAAUUCCUUCAAGUCCAAACAAGGAUAUGAUGUUCACUUCAGCUUGCGUCUAUAGAUAAAAGGUUGAAUUAUGUUUCAUAUUGAGUUACAAAUUUAAUUCUAGCGUGUACAUAGCCGCAAUGAUCCCCAGCAAGCAUCAAGCCAGUGAAUCAUUGUAUA